GCUGCACACGAAAGGGAAAGGAAACGGCGACUCGUCUGUGAAGCAGCAGCAGCGACGGUGUGACCGAGCGGACGCCUGGACUCGAUUAUUCCUCGGUUUCUGGGUUCUUUGGCCGUCUGUCUCCCUUUUCUGCCCGUGGGACCCGCUGUUAAACCCUGAGGAAUUGGCCUUGUUUGGAAUUUCCUGUGCCAGAUUUGUCGUGCCCGACUGCACAAAGUUGUUCAGCUAGCUGGCUAACUCUGUUAGCCGUCCUGCUAACAGCUCGUCUCGGGAGCAUUAAACAUUCAGGGGCGUCGUCUUGUCACUGCACCUCGGCUGGUCGUUGCCCCCCUCACCCGGAAUCCGGAGGCUAUUUGCGGCGAGGUUUUAGCGUGCUAGACCCAGUUAGCGUGCUUGAUAUAGCCUGCUGGCUAAUACUUUGCGUAUUUAGCUUGGAAGCCAGAUCGAGGCCUCAGUCCAGCCGAACCAGCACCGGAGUUCUGCCGCACCGUGACACUUGACAGCUAAACCUGGUGACCAAGAGACUUCUCCCUGAGGAGCCUAGAAGCAGACGGCUCAUGACUUCUGACCAGGACGCAAAAGUUGUAGCUGAACCACAGGUGCAGCAAGUGCAAGAGGCAAAAGAAAACUCCCAUUUGGAAUCCGCCAAGGUUUCAGACCUCAACCCCAAUGCGAAAGCAUGGGCCAACCACAUGUUUAGCCUGGACCCCACCGGGAGUUCUGACACCACUGCUGCCCUGCAAUCAUGGAAGGACGAUGCCACCUCUCUAGGCUAUGAGGCAGACGAGGACAAGGCUUACAAGGAGCCUUUACUGACAGACCCAGAUGAGCCCCCACCAGCCCCAGUGAUGUUGGCAGAGCCGGCUCCCGUCACCCUGGAGUGCUCCGACUCCACCUACACAGAGUUUCCAGAGUCUGUGCAGUCCGGGCAAACAGGAAGUGAUUCUCCCCACGAAAACUCCCAAGAGAGCUUGCGGGAACACUUAAAGAAAACUCUGGAAUUUUGUCUCUCACGGGAAAAUCUGGCCAGUGACAUGUACCUCAUCUCUCAGAUGGACAGCGAUCAGUAUGUGCCAAUCGUCACAGUGGCCAACCUGGACCAUGUGAAGAAGCUCAGCACAGACGUCGAUCUGAUCGUGGACAUUUUACGAUCUCUGCCACUGGUCCAAGUGGACGAGAAGGGAGAGAAGGUGCGGCCCAAUCAGAACCGCUGCAUUGUGAUUUUGCGGGAAGUACCGGAGAGCACGCCCAUGGAGGAAGUGGAGGCGCUCUUCAAAGGAGACAACCUCCCCAAGUUUAUCAACUGUGAAUUUGCCUACAAUGACAACUGGUUCAUCACGUUUGAGUCGGAAGCAGAUGCUCAGCAGGCAUAUCAGUAUCUCCGGGAGGAGGUGAAGACCUUCCAAGGGAAGCCCAUCAAGGCGAGGAUCAAGGCAAAGGCCAUCGCCAUCAACACUUUCAUGCCAAAGAACGGCUACCGGCCGGUGGAGGUGAACCCUUAUGCCCAGCAGCGCUACACGUCCUAUUACAUCCCGCCGGUCUACAGCCCGCAGCAACAGUUCCCCCUGUACAGCCUCAUCACACCGCAGGCCUGGUCCACCACGCACAGCUUCAUCGACCCCACAUUGGUGGGCCACUUUCAUAAUAACCAGUUCAUCAACGGAUUCACCACUUCACACAGCUUCAAACCAGCGAAUGCACCACUCACCAUACGGCACUACUCACCCAGGAACAGGAAUCACAGUAAACCUCACAUGAGGCCGACUGUCCCCACUGCCGACCGCUGCACCGGCCUCCUGGACAGCCCGCCUCUGUUCCCUAGCUUCCCCAGCGAGCGGCUCAACGGGGUCCGCAAUAGCCCACCGACAAGACUCUCCACCAGCCAACCCAGAACCAGGUUACCUUCCACCGCAGCCUUCCCCCGCAGAGACACUGUGGGCACGGGGAGAGUGACAGAGCCCACCACCGCAGACUACACUCUGGCCAUGGGCCGAGGAAGGAAAAAUGUUUCUGCUUCUAGGAAAAAGAGGGACGACAAGUUUACAAGAGUGACACCACAGUCGCCGCCACCGCCACCUCCCAAACCUCCAUCACCCAGUUUUGAGCUGGGCCUCUCUAGCUUCCCUCCGUUGCCAGGGGCGACCCGGCAGCUCAAGACCGAGGACGUAUUUGACAACCGGCUGGCCAGCAGCGUGGUUGUGGGGACCCCCAAAGAGCGGCCUCUCAGCGUGGAGUCCACUUCUGGAGGCGGGGGCCCCUCCCCAGUGGCCUCCAAAGAGCCUCUUCGCUCCUCCACGUCCCCAAUGCCCUCGACCUUCCAGCCUUCGCAAACAACUCCUGCACCGGCUUCAGCACUGGUACCAGCGGCCGUGUCGACGCUCAGCCCCACCUCCUCCCUCCAAACAACGGAGCUCAAGGUGACGGAGGUGAGAACGAAGGAGGCACUGCCGUCUGUGGAGCGAGUCUCUGGAACUCUGUCCACCACAAGCAAGUCGGUACAAGUCAAUGGUGCUGCAACGGAGCUGAGGAAACCUUCCUACGCUGAGAUCUGCCAGCGGGCCAAAGAAGCAGCUACAUCGCAGCAUCUGGCAGCAGCACCCAAGGAAACCAAGCCAGCCUGUGCUGCCCCCACAGGCGAGGAGAGGAAGUGCUCCGAAUCCUCCAUCAUGGCAGCCGAGGCAAAGACCAGAGAGACUUACUCCUCCAAAUCCGCACCACCUGCAAGACCUCCACGGGAGAACCGGAGACCCGGCGGGAGGUGGGCCUCCCCUCCACCACAUCCAGGGAAAACCCCCAGCAGAGAGCCCCACACACCUCCCAAGUCGCCCCAGUAAGGGCUUCUCCUGGGGCGUCCAGGCUGCACAGAUGCAUUUAAAAGAAAAAAAAAGGAAACCUAAAGUCAGGGCUACUCGUCUCCCAGAAUCUCAAACAAGCAAAGCGGACGCCUUCUUUUCUGGAUCAGGGCUGCAGACCAACAGCACUUUACUGUGCAUGUAGAGCACCGCCGUCUUUCACUAAUUUAUUUCUUCAUCUCUCCUUUUUUGUGGAACCAACCACCUGCAGCAGCACUGUUGCAUGAUGGGAUGCGUGGAUACUCCAUUUUGUUUGGCAUCCAAAGUGGCAGGUUCGUUUUCUGGCCAGGCGACACGCAUCAGCAGUCACGAUGACACGAUGAGACUCUGCUUCCCUGUUGUCACGAUGCUCCUCCUUUACAUGGGCCUCUUCCUCGACCCUCCAGCUUCAGCUUUGUGCUGCCCACUUGGUGGCGGGUCAGCAGGACAACGGGCUACCAAAGUAGAAAUUGCAACCUCUUUUAACCCUUGACUUGCUUCUGCACUGGCAUUAGAUUAUCGCUGGGCGACGUGGGACUGGAGAAGCUUCACGCCUCCCUUCUGAAUGACAGUGGACGGACAUCAGCAGGCACAUACACUCCAGGACAGGAAGACCAGCGACCACUGAGAUAUCAAACCCUUGAGAGACUCAGAACCUGCACAUGCGCUGACCCCUGAUCCGCAGGCAACUUCGCCACAAACUUGAAGCGACUAAAAGGGAAAAUUCCGAUGCCACAGGUGUGGAGUCGUGGUUCGGCGGCUUCAUCUUGCCGGUGAAUAUUUGAGGAGUUCUGCAAGUCUUCUCCAUCAGUUCCUGUGUCAGCGUGUUGUCCAAGGGAAAGGUGACGGAGCACACUCGCCCACACUCGUCUGUGCUGAUGGAGGUUUCUGGUAAAUAGCUGUCGCUUCAUUGGCAUCAUCACUGAUGACCUUCUGAUGACCCCUACAAAAGUACCUGUGUCUGUAAAGUAUUGGUUUGAGGUGAAUCUGGGGAUGACGGAGUUGUGUAUCUUGGAGUAAAGAUGUAGUGGUGUGUGAGAGUUGGAGCAUUGAAGUAAGUUUGACUGAAGGCUUGGAGUUGGGGACGACGGGGUCAUUGCAGGGGUCAGAACUGAAGCGCUGGCGAGACUGAAAAGACUGACGCGUGAACUGAGUCGGAAUCAUGGGGAUGUGAUGUCGUUGCGAACAGUUCUCAUUCCCGUCAUUGAGGCGUGAGAGACCGACGUUCCUGAGCUGGUUGCGGUUGAGUGCGAUCGCGGUGGUGCUGUCCGAGCUUUGGACCGACUGCGACCAUCAGUCCCCCCCCUGCAGUGUUUGGUUCUGCUCGCGUUGGUCAAGGCGGCGCCACAUGACGCACCUGGGUCAAUCUUUUCAGAUCCCAAAACCACCUGAAGACAUAACCACUGUAUUCUAAACAAGGGGCGCUGCAGGCUGCACGCCUCCCCACAGUCUUCCUGCAGCAACAAGCGUUGUGGGUACUGAGAGCUCGAGAAGGGAAGUCGCUCGCUUUUUUUUUUCUUUUUUUUCCUCUCUGCGAAGGAAGGUUUGAGUUUGGCGCCCCACGCUGGUGGUUUGGAUCGUUACGUUAAUUCCAUGAGAUUUUUUUUUUCUCCGAGGGAAAGGAAAUCAAGCUUUUGUUGAAAUAAAAGAUUUUCCAUCCAGUGUUCGAGAAACUUGAAUUUAAUUUAAACUUGAAAAAGACUUUGCCUUAACUUUUCUACAGACAAGAGUUUAUUUCUUUUCACACAAAGCCCCACACGCUCUCGACGACGAGACAGCUACUGAGCGCUCUUGUUUUCUUUGUUUCCGGGGUGAAAUAUCAAGCGUGUAAAUGACAAACUAGUGGAAACUGUAUUAAAUAUAUGCACUUUGAGGUGUGCUCGACCUGUACAGUUGUAAAUACUCAGAAGUAUAAGAGGUACCUUCAGAUGAUUCUAGAAUAUAUUCAUGUGGCUGCAGCCGCACGUCGGCUCCUAAUGUUGCUUUCUUUGUUCCUUCUGACUGAACCUGUUCUGUCGUUUGUUUUUAUGUUUCAUUCCACCUUCACUCGCCGCGACAGUCGAAACUCUGUGCUCAAAACGAAAACACUAAGUUUUAAACUUUGAGCCGAAACAUUGUGACCGCCUCUGUUGAGCCGCUGUGGCAGCCGCUGCGUGGCCGCAGUGGUCAGUGUCUCUGAGCUCCCAAUACCCCCAAACUGUGACCCGCAGUUUACUCUGACUUGUUUCUGUGGCACCAGCCAGUCGACAUUUUCCAUGCCACAUUAGCUCGUCUGUAUCGGCUUUGCUGGUUCAUUCCCCAGGCCCACUAACCGCUGCCAGAGCAAGAGCUGCCACGGUGCCUCAAGAGACAUGUCGACGUUGCGUUUGGGAGGCGGUUGUAAUGUUACAGCAGACUGUCGGUUUUAAUGAACUGUCCCGCUGCUUGUGACUGUUAGCAUCUCAACUGGCUGCUGUUCAAUUACUAAAGUUUUCUAAAACUGGAGUGAGAUUUUAGAGGACAUAAAGCUGCGCCCCCUUCAGGCUGCCUGCGCCGCUUACAUGCAGUGCAUUGAGAAGUCGGAGAAAAGCUCAGUUCAUCUGUAGUUAGCCUAGCUUAGCGUUAAGGUUUUUUAUUCCCUUUUUAAAAAGCAAGUCUUAUUGUAACUUCAUGAGUUCAGAGUAAGCGCUCAUUUGUUUGUCAUGUUAGACUUUAAAGCUAACCUAGGUGUUUGUGUUGAUUUUCCCCCAUAUUUAUUUUUUAAAAUUGAAAACGUUUACUUUCCCCCUGACUAGCGAACAACUUUAGUUCGCGCUCUCAUUUUUGCUGUUAGUAUGAAAACGUAUGUUUUCCGAUUCAGACACACAGCAGGCUCACUGAAGGUGUCGCUAAUGCUAAGCUAAAAACUAACUUCCUCCAUCAAUGGUUUUUCUUCCACCUGAGAAGUUCUUAUUUUUAAAUUACUAGGGACGAAGAAUUGGGCCUUGAGACAGUUUCGGAAUAAAGUAGGACGAAACAAUUGAAGGUGAACUUGUUAAAGGCCGACAAUUUUUAAGAAGCAUUUUAAAUUUCAAAAAGAAACACAAACUUGGGAAUCAAAAGAUGACUUUUGACAAAGCAAGCGAGCUGACGUCCCGAGUUUCUGUUGUGUGGUCCAUUUAAUACGUAGACUCUGGAGUCAGAUACGGAGAAUGCGAUCACAAUAUACGCCUGACUGAGAAUGUAGCUGGAUAAAACGUCAGCUUUAACAAACAUGUCGCACUUUGUCAUAUCUGAAUCGUCUCGCGGCAUAAAAAAAAAGAAAAAACUUGAAAAUUUUUACAUGUUAAAAAAAGGCAGAAAACGUGUUAUUCAUUUUCGGUAAAUGCAUUAAAUCUGUUGUCAAAAACACAGAAUUGGCGCAAACUUUGGCGGCAACUUUUGUUUAGUUUGUUUCCUGUUGAUUUAGAUGUGUUGUUGUUUUCCUCUGAACUGGAUUGUUGUCGUGGAAACUGACUUGUCUGUGCCAUUAAACUGAAUGUUUGCGUGUGUCUGCAGCGCCUCUUGGCUGCUCGCGCAGCCAAACAAACUUUUGUUGUGGUCGCAGAAAAUGACUCCUGAGUGACUCGGCACGACUCGUCCAAACGGCUCAGUCGGACGCUACUAUUGAAAUAAACUUUGUACGUCACAAGGGAUUUUUUUUUUUUCUUUUUUAGCGGUUAGCCGCUAGCAAGGCGGCGUCACUGGUCAUAUCGGCCCGCCCCCGGCUGCCUGUGCCAUCUAUGUUUUUAAGAAACUUGUCACAAGAAUGUUUUUUUUUUUUUUUUUUUUUUUGUCUCUUUGGUUGACGCAAAAAUCUAACAAAUGCACAUCCAGCGACUGGAAACCGUCUGGACUCACUGUGGUUUAACUGGUUAACACGCUACGCUAACAGCUGAGGACAAUCGACGAGGAACUUGCUAACAGACGGAGGCGGCAGCGUACAAGAGGGCUUCUCCUUGUUUUUGUUUUGGUCGGUCGGAGACUGGAAUCACUUUUGAGUUCCUCUUGUGUCAUGACGAUGUAGAGCUGUCGAGUUUUGAGAAAACAUGUAGCUAACUGAGAAAUAAAGAUUUAGGCACUGA